AAGAACAUCUCAUUGGGUUUCUUUUACCACCUUGUCUGCAAUUUUCUUAGUUGUCUGGAGCCACUCAUCUCAUUGGGUUUGUAUAGACAGUGAGAACUAAGAACAUCCCUCUAAAGUCGUAUGGGUUCCUCUCUUCCAUGGAACCCAAAACCCUAAUCAUCAACCCACUCUCUGUCUUCCGCCAUCGGGGAAUGGUGCACCUGGACAAACCAUUCACUUGUUAUGUGGUUCUGUCAUCUGUAUUAGUUUGGCUCAUUGGAUAUGGACUGUGCUCUUUGAAUGGGAUACGAAAUCCACCAGAUUAUGAUGGUUGUGCAUCUUUUGGGAAAAAUUACAAUUUGGGUUCUUCAGACAUCACUGUUAGUGACGCAAGGUUAGGCUAUGGGUUUCCAACUGCACAUAAACAUUUUGAAAAUGUAUGUCCGAAUGGUCAUUCGUUCUGCUUUCCAUCAAUGUUGUCUGGAUUUUCUCGCAAAGAGAAAAUUAUGGAUGAAACUUCUCUUGGAGAAUCUAGCAGUCAGUACAACAGUCCAUUUUGUGUAGAGUUAGCUCAAGAUAACAGGCAAACAAGUAACAGAAGCUGGUCAUCUGACUAUGGUGUGUUUAUGUUACUUAAUGGAGGGGCUGUCUCUUGUUCUUUGAACACCGGAGAUGGAGUGAAUGAGAUACCACCACUUCAAACCGAGGUUGGUUGUAAAGAUGAUAUUUCCUCUUGUGGAGGCUCUUCACUUAAGCAGAAGACCGCACAUUCUUUGUCAAAGAACUCUGAGAUGCCCAAAUCAAAUUCAUUUGAUGGUUCUGUCUCACCCAAUAUAAGGAUUGCCCCUACUGUACUGGACUGGGGACAAAAAUAUUUGUAUUCUUCUUCAGUAGCUUUUGUAACUGUAACAAAUACAUGCAAUGAUAGCAUAUUACACCUCUAUGAGCCAUUCAGCACUGACUUACAGUUCUAUCCUUGUAACUUCAGUGAGGUUUCGCUAAGACCUGGUGAAUCAGCUUUAAUUUGUUUUGUUUUCUUCCCUAAAUGUAUGGGCUUGUCAUCAGCUAGCCUGAUUUUGCAGACAAGUUCUGGUGGAUUCAUAGUAGAGGCUAAAGGAUAUGCUACUGAGUCUCCUUUUAGAAUUCAGCCCUUAUCAAGUAUGCAAAUUUCUCCCGGUGGAAGGUUGAGCAAGAAUUUUUCAUUGUUCAAUCCCUUUGAUGAAACCCUUUUUGUGGAGCAAAUAACUGCAUGGGUGUCAGUUUCUUUGGGGCAUAGUUCUGUUGAAACUGAAGCAAUUUGUAGUGUAAAUGAUUUUCAGGUUUUUGAUGCUCGUCCCUUCCCAACUAUUAAGGAUCGAUUGGUUGUGAAGAGUAACCAAUUUGGUUCACCAAUAGUAGCAAUCAGGCCUCAUAGGAAUUGGGUUAUUGGUCCACAUAUCUCUGAAACUCUCAUGGAGAUGGAUAUCACAGUUGGAUUUGAGGGAAAAGUUUUUGGGGCAUUUUGUUUGCAUUUACUUAGGUCCUCACAAGAUGCAUCUGAUACUAUUAUGGUUCCUAUUGAAGCUGAAGUAGAUAUUCAUUCUGCCCAUGAUACUGUUGGUACGUUUGUUUCAGCAACUCUGGAUGGUCUAGCCACCUGUGAUAGUGGUGAAAUUGCUAUCACUAUUUCUCUAAGAAAUGAUGGCCCUUAUGUUUUAAGUUUUCUUAAAGUCAUAGAAGCUUCUGACACACAGCUUUUCCAUAUUAAGUACAAAGAAGGCUUACUUCUUUUCCCUGGUGCUGUUACACAAGUUGGCAUUAUUUACUGUAAUCACCUGCUCAAGGAUUUGCAUGACUUGGCACCUACAAUCUCCAGCUUGCGAGAGAAGUGCAAACUGCUGAUUCUUACAAAUGACUCAGUCAGUCCCCUGAUCGAGAUUCCAUGUGAGGACAUAUUAUAUAUAUGUUUUGAACAUCAAAGGCUUACAUCCAUUGAAGUAGAAGGCAACUCUGAACAUAUCCAAUCAGACAAUAUAAGGGUGGGGAAUAUGGGUGGAAGCAUACACUUGCGACCUCCUGUCAAGGUUUUAGAGACAACAGAUGUAGAUGAACUGAUUCUUACAAACUGGAAGUCUCAAGGAACCACUGGUGGCCUGUCUGUGCUUGAAGAUCGUGAGGUGUUAUUUCCGAUGAUUCAGGUUGGAAGUUAUGUCUCUAGAUGGAUCACUGUAAAGAAUCCUAGCCAGCAUCCAGUUAUAAUGCAACUUAUCUUGAAUUCAGGAGAAAUAAUUGAUGAGUGUAGGGGUCUAGAUGAUUUAUUACACUCUCCAUCUUGUAAUUUGGUUCUAGAUGUAGGUGCUACCCCAACAAAGUAUGGAUUCUCAGUACCAGAAAGUGCACUGACAGAGGCUUAUGUGCAUCCUUAUGAUCGUGUAACUUUGGGGCCAAUAAUCUUUUAUCCAUCCAGUCGAUGUGGCUGGACUGGUUCAGCAUUGAUAAGAAACAAUCUUUCAGGUGUUGAGUGGAUACCGUUAAGGGGACAUGGAGGAUUGCUUUCUCUAGUUUUGCUUGAGAGUUCAGAGCAUGUUCACAGUAUAGAUUUUGAUCUUAAAAUGCCCAAUCCACUCAACCUUUCUCUUCCAUAUACAUUGUUUCACAUGAAAGAGAUGACUUCUGCCUGUUCACAACAUUUAGUGAAAGAGUUAUAUGCCAAGAACACAGGAGACUUGCCAUUGGAGGUUAAAAGUAUCAGAGUUUCUGGGAAAGAAUGUGGGUUGGAUGGUUUUAAGAUUCUUUCAUGUAGGGGUUUUUCUCUUGAGCCUGGGGAAUCAAGUAAACUUACGAUAUCAUAUCAAUCUGAUUUUUCUGCAGCUGUGGUGCAUCGAGAUCUUGAACUUAACUUGGCUACUGGUAUUUUCCUCUUACCCGUGAAAGCAAGUUUCCCUUAUGAUAUGCUAAGUAACUGCAAGAGACUCAUGUAUUGGAUGCGACUGAAGAAAUCCCUUCUUGGAUUCCUUCUUGUUGCUUCUGUACUAUUUCUGAUAUUUUGUUUUAUAUUUUCUCAAACUACUGCAUUGGGCUUCCUGGAUUUCUCUUACAAAAGUGAUGAUAACUUGGUCCAUGCCACCAUAAAAAGUGCUGGGGAAACCUCUUUCCUACACCAUAACCAGGGAAAGACUGAGCUAUCUGUGUCUAAUAAGAUGAGUCAUCUAAUGGAUGCCUCUAGUGGCAGUUCUUCCUAUGGUCAAGGCAAUCUGUCUGAACUGGGAGUAUCUCAGCAUUCGAUGCAGACUUCUGAAAAUCACCAACAAACUAGUCAUGCAGUGGAUACCCAAAAUGACAGAGAAUUGUCAUCCACAGCAGUUCUGAGCUCUGAUCCAAUAAAAGUGUCUCAGUUAAGUAAUCUCACUGUCAAAACUAGUAAAGAAAAGGGUAGAAGAAAAAAGAGGAAGAGUCUUGGUGCCAAAUUAGCUGCACUGUCUGAAGUUUCAAGUAGUCAAAGUGGGAAUUCUACACCCUCAUCUCCCUUGUCCCCGACCGUGACUGCUACUCCUAAAUGUAACUGGCCAUCAUCUCCUGACGUGGAGCAACCCCUUGAGGCCCUUCGUUCAACAACACAUGGGACUGCCCUACAUUCUGACAAUGGUCAAGCUUCUGCCAAUACUGCUGAGGCAAACAUAUUGAAGCCUGCUAUCACACAAAAGUGCGGUAGUAAUAAAUCUUCUACAAGGCCACAUUCAGCAUCAAGAAGUGCUACUAGUUUACCUGUUCAGAUACCUUGUGCUACUUCACCCUUUCCUGCCAGCACUUCUCCAUCACCCUUGGUGUCAAAAUCUAAUGUUAACUUGCAUGCUCGAGCUCCUGGUUCCAAACUUCACAACCAAACUGUUCAAGCACAAGAGGCAGGACUUGCAAAUGAGUAUACAUAUGAUAUUUGGGGUGAUCAUUUUUCUGGACUUCACUUGUUAGUUCCAAAAAAUGUUACAUCCAUGAAGUCCAGUCCCGCCGAAAAUAAUUUCGACAGUUUUUUUGUAAGAGGUCCACAAACCCUUAUGACAAAUUCUCAAGAAGCCUAGUAAGUUGAAUAACUUAGUCAUUUCCCCAUUUUCUUACUUCCACGCCGGACCUAUGUUAAUAAGAAAAAUAAAGGUCUGGAUAAAGCUCUCAGCUGCACGCAUGCACACUCACUAUUAUCUAGUAGUGUAAAAAGAAUUUUAACUUUGUAACCAUUUUAACGAAAUUAGUGCAUGAAGAAUGCUACAAGUAUGGCUGGCAAGG